AGCUUGGGCGGCGGCGCGUCCCGCCCGCCCGAGGACGGCUCUGGCUGAGGGCGGAGGGCCGGGGACAGCGGCUGAGGCGGGACGUCGGCGGCGGGGACUGCUGCCCCCGAAAGACUCGGCCGAGAUGCUGGCGGAGAACCUGGUGGAGGAGUUCGAGCUGAAGGAGGACGAGCCGUGGUACGACCACCGAGACCUCCAGCAAGAUCUCCAGCUUGCUGCUGAGCUUGGGAAGACGUUACUGGAUCGGAACACAGAGUUAGAAGAGUCUCUUCAGCAGAUGUACACGACCAAUAAGGAGCAACUACAGGAAAUCGAGUAUCUGACCAAACAGGUGGAACUUUUACGGCAGAUGAAUGAACAGCAUGCGAAAGUUUAUGAGCAGUUAGAUGUCACAGCGAGGGAACUGGAAGAAACAAAUCAAAAACUAGUUGCUGAUAGCAAGGCUUCCCAGCAAAGGAUUCUAAGCCUGACGGAGACCAUUGAAUGCCUACAAAUCAACAUUGAUCGCCUGCAGAGCCAAGUGGAGGAGCUGAAGUCAUCUGGCCAGGGGAGGAGGAGCCAGGGGAGGUGCGAGCAGCAGAAGUCAGAGCCCAACUUCGCGUGUCUGAAGGAGCUCUACGACCUCCGCCAACAUUUUGUGUACGAUCAUGUGUUUGCUGAGAAGAUCACCUCCUUGCACAGUCAGCAAAGCCCUGACAAAGAAGAGAACGAGCACCUGAAGAAAACAGUGUCGAUGCUGCAGGCCCAGCUGAACCUGGAGCGGCAGAAGCGGCUGACUCUGGACGAAGAGUACGGGCUCGUGCUCAGGGAGAACAGCGAGCUGGAGCAGCAGCUGGGGGCCAUGGAUGCCUACCGGGCACGGGCGCUGGAGCUGGAGGCGGAGGUGGCCGAGAUGCGCCAGAUGCUGCAGGCUGAGCAUCCCUUUGUGAAUGGGGUCGAGAAGCUGGUUCCUGAUACGCUCUUUGUCCCUUUCAAAGAGCCCAGCCAGAGCCUGCUGGAGGAGCUGUUCCCGGUGGUGCCAGAGGCCCCUCGAAAGCCCCUGAAGCGCAGCAGCAGUGAGACAGUGCUGAGCAGCCUGGCUGGGGGCGACAUCGUGAAGGGCCACGAGGAGACCUGCAUCCGGAGGGCCAAGGCUGUGAAGCAGAGGGGCAUCUCCCUGCUGCAUGAAGUGGACACUCAGUACAGUGCCCUCAAAGUCAAGUACGAAGAACUGCUGAAGAAGUGCCAGGAGGAGCAGGACUCGCUGUCACACAAGGCUGUGCAGACCUCCCGGGCUCCAGCCAAGGACCUGACCCCAGUGAAGGCCCAGCCUGAGCCCGGCUCUGGGAGCUGGGAGCCGGCGUCACUUCCCCUGGAACCCGUCGGCUCCCCCACCGCCACCACACCGCCAGAGUAUAAAGCGCUUUUUAAAGAGAUCUUUAGUUGCAUCAAUAAAACCAAACAGGAAAUAGAUGAACAGAGAACAAAACGCCAGGCACUCUCCUCUCACUCUUAA